UUGAUAUGGGGGUGUAAAUUAUCAAAAGGUAUAUUUUUGGGUGGAGUAACCUUUUAAGCACUGAGAUGAAUAUUUACAACAAAUACACAACUGUUACUAUAUUAUGUGUCUUGAGGAUCUUAAUAUAUACCACUCCUUUUCCCUCUAUAGGUCUGUAAUACUUCAGUUUAAAGUGGCAAAACCUCCAACAUCACUGACGUAAAGAUGAGGGUUUUACGAGUGAAACAUCAGCGCUACAUUACCGCAUUCCUGAGCUCCACUAUCAUCUUGUUACUUCUGUGCUUUCAAAACUCUCUGUUGGUUUUCAACUAUGGUUCUUAUGGUUUUCUAUCUGAGAGCUCUCCAUGUGCUUGCCAUAUCUGUGUGGCAGACAGAGGAAAUAGUAACUGGUUCAGUGAGCGAUACGACCCCAACGUACCAAUUCUGCUCAACAGCAACAACAGUGUAUUGAGUGCAAAUGUCUCCAGGUGGUGGAAGGAGCUACAAUCAAAUGCCGGCAACUACACAAAGGUGAUGGAUCAGUUGUUUUCUCUCUUCCCUGAUGAAGAGCACUACUCAGAUACUGGUCCAGAUCGCUGCAGAACCUGUGCUGUGGUGGGCAACUCUGGGAACCUGCUGGGAUCCAAUUACGGGCCUCUCAUAGAUUUCCAUGACUUUAUCAUAAGGAUGAAUAAAGGCCAGACAGAAGGUUAUGAGAAGGAUGUAGGGUCAAAGACAACUCACCGGAUUGUGUAUCCCGAGAGUGCCAUGGACUUAGACAACUCCACCCAUCUAGUACUUCUUCCAUUUAAGAUUCUGGACAUUCAGUGGCUCAUCAGUGCCUUCACCACUAGACACAUCACACAAACAUAUGUACAAGUGCCGUCUACAAUCAAAGCAAAUAAGGAUAAGGUGAUGAUCCUCCACCCAGAAUUCAUAAGAUAUGUCUAUGAUAACUGGGCAGAAAGGCAUGGCAGAUACCCAUCCACUGGUUUCUUAACACUGAUAUUCGCUCUUCACAUCUGUGAUGAGGUGAAUGUGUUUGGGUUUGGAGCUACGAGUGAUGGAAUCUGGCAUCAUUAUUUUGAUAAAACACUGACUUCAUAUGAGAUUGGCGUUCAUGCUGGAAAAUUUGAAAAUGAAACACUGAAUCGGCUCCAACAGGAAAACAAGAUUUUGAUUCACAUGGGUUGGACAUGAAGCAGAAACACUCUCUAGUGCACAAUAUCACAUUGCAUUGCAGUACUGAAUAUUAUGUUUUCUUGAUUUGUGCAGCAAAGACUUUCAGUUGAGAUUCCUAUUCCUAUUCCUUGAGAUCAACUUGCGGCACCAAAUUAAAUUAUGCAUGGAUAUAUAAUAAUGAGAAGCUUUAAAUUAACUACUAAUUCUUAUAAUAAUUAUAUAAAUGUAUUAAAUGAAUUAUAAACAAUUAUGUAUAAUGUAAAUAUAAACAUGUAGACA